CAAUCAUGGAAUUUGAAGAAAUUCAGUCCCAGGACGGAUUGGACGUGCGAUCAGUAUUAAAGCUUGAAAAUGAAAACCUUCAUAAAUCAAGUCUUCCAAGAUCAUGUCAUGUCAAUAUUAAACAUACGAAUCGUAGCUGUGAUGGGAGGUAUCCUGGUAGAACACGGUCUCGCAAACUUCCUAGCUGCACAACUGACUGGGAUAUUAUAGACUUGGAUUCCGUUGGUGUCUAUUAUAAAGAUAAGCCAGAUACAAUAUCAACGUUACUUGACAUGGUUUACAGUCAAACAAAGAUUUUUGAAAGUUUAACUUCAGAACAAUCAGAAUUUGUAAAAACUUUAGAGAACUGUUUUACGUUCUCAUUUGACAUCAGUGACUUACUGGUUUAUUCUAGUCAAAAAUUAGACAUGUUAUUAAUAGACAGUAUCAAAGAAGAUGUGACUGAAAGUGGAAGAAUUCUGACUAAUCUUGGUGAACAUUUUAUUAGAAAUUUGAUAUUGAUGAUAAAGUGUUAUGAUUUUAAAAAUGGAGAAAACAUGAGGAAAUAUGGAAGAAAAUGUGGAUCAGAAGCUGUGUUUAUAGAUUUGUUUACAAUAUUUAUAAGAAUGACUGGUAUUUUAGCUUGGUAUGUACGUUAG